AUGGGGGAGCCGUGGCCGCCGCAGCCGCAGCAGCAGCGGCUCCCGGGCCCCGGGAACGCCUCGGAGCCCCCCGCCUGGCCCUCGGCGGCGGGCGGGCCGGGCACGGCGGCGCCGGGCGGCGGAGGGGCCGCGGGGACCGUGAGCCCCUGGGACAUCGCGCUGUGCGCCACGGGCACGGCGGUGGCGGGCGAGAACGCGCUGGUGCUCGCCGUGCUGUUCUACACGCCGAGCCUGCGGGCGCCCAUGUUUCUGCUGAUCGGCAGCCUGGCGCUGGCCGACCUGCUGGCCGGGCUGGGGCUGGUGGCCAACUUCGCCGUGCGGUACCUGCUGCGGCCGCCCAGCGAGGCGGCGGAGCUGGCGGCCGCGGGGCUGCUGCUCGCCGCCUUCUCCGCCUCCGUCUGCAGCCUCCUGGCCAUCACCGUGGACCGCUACCUGUCGCUGUACAACGCGCUCACCUACCACAGCGAGCGCACGCUGGGCUUCACCUGCGCCAUGGUGCUGCUGAUGUGGCUGCUGUGCCUGGGCGUGGGGCUGCUGCCCCUCCUGGGCUGGAACUGUCUGCGGGACCAGAGCGCCUGCAGCAUCCUGCGGCCCGUCACCAAGGACAACGCGGCCGUGCUGGCCGUCACCUUCCUCCUCCUCUUCGCCCUCAUGAUGCAGCUCUACCUGCAGAUCUGCAAGAUCGCCUUCCGGCACGCCCAGCAGAUCGCCGUGCAGCACCAGUUCAUCGCCACGGCGCAGGCCACCUCCACCCGCAAAGGGCUCUCCACGCUCUCGCUCAUCCUCGGCACCUUUGCCCUGUGCUGGAUCCCCUUCGCCAUCUACUCCCUGGUGGCCGAUUCCAGUUACCCCGCGGUCUACACCUACUCCCUGGCGCUGCCCGCCACCUGCAACUCCCUCAUCAACCCUAUCAUUUACGCCUUCAGAAACCCAGAUAUCCAGAAGUCCCUCUGGCUGGCCUGCUGCGGGUGCAUCCCCUCCACGUUCUCCUCCAGACCAAGGACAUCCAGCGAUGUGUGAGGACUGAGCACGGAGCCAGAGGUGCUCCCUUGCUCUCCUCCUCCUUCUCUUUUUCCCCUCUGUCGUUAUUGUUUCCUACCGGGAGGGACCCCCCCGGUCAGCACAUCUCGUUCCAUGGAAAGAUGGUCAAAAAGAGAAAAAGGCAAAAAGAAGGGGGAAAGAAAGAGAGAGAGUAGAAUGAUAAUGGUUUCCUUUAGAAAUGUUAUUUUCU